AUGGCACUGCCUUCGCCGAUUCAUAGCGGGCUUCCUGCAACGCUAUCACCGCAUCACGAAAUUCCGAGAAUGCAAUAUCGAAGCCGCCCUGUGUCCGUCGCUGUUGAACCCGUUUCACUGGUUAUAUCUGAAUGUAUAGCCAUCACCUCGGCCAUUCAGAAACAUGCACGCUCCCCCCAAUCUGUCUCUGCCAUUCUGGGUGGGAAUCCCAAUACCAUACAGUUCGGAUCCCCUAAAAUACAGCCCCAACCGCGGGAAAGUGGCGUUAGCAGCCCCUUUGGAGAGAGCGAGCAUGACGGAACGGCCAGCAAUCGAUGGAGCUUUCGCGGCCAGAAGGCGAAGAGUUUGCAGGAUAGCCCCAUGGUCGCAGGCUUUGGCAAGCUUCGUUAUGAGAUCACAGGUGUCCAGAAUAUUCAUUCAUUUGAUGCGCCAACACUCUUAGCACCCUUUCUCUUCGUCAUCCAAGAGAAGGGAACAGCAGCACCGAUUACAAUCUUGGCUCUUGGGGCAUUACGAAAAUUCCUAGCUUACGGCUUCAUUUGUUCGGAGUCCCCUCGUUUUGCUCUCGCGAUGCAGUCACUCUCAGCCGCUGUUACCCACUGUCAAUUCGAUAUAAGCGAUUCGGCCCAGGGCGAGGUUGUACUGCUUAUGAUUCUCAACUUAAUGGAGGACAUGAUGUCUGGACCUGGAGGCUACAUAUUAAGUGAUGAGAGUGUUUGCGAUAUGAUGGGGCGUGGCCUGGCUAUAUGCUCUCAACCUCGAUUCUCCCCUGUGCUAAGGAGGACAGCCGAAGCCGUCAUGGUUCGAAUGUGCCAAAUCAUAUUUGAAGAUAUUAAGCACCUGGAGGUCGAGGUCGGAGACGAUUCUUCAGUCAUGGAUCAGUUGGUUGACCAGCACAUGGACAAUGUCAAAAUGGAUACCACCGCCGGUAGUACCGUUGCAGAUCCAAUAAUCUCCGCCACUGUCCAAGACGAGCCUUCUCCGGAGGCUUCAGAUAGCACUGGAAACGAGAAGGCAGAGGAAGGCUCUGUGAGCAACCAUGCCAACGAAGAGAAUGGAGAGAGUGACACAGAAUCACUGGAUUUACGGCCCUACUCGCUACCUUCCGUCAGGGAACUGUUUCGAGUUUUAGUUAAUUUUCUGGACCCCAAUGACCGCCACCAUACGGAUACAAUGAGGGUAGUGGCUUUACGCAUAUUACACGUUGCGUUGGAGGUGUCUGGACCUUUCAUUGCACGCCAUCCUGCAUUGGCCACUCUUGCUAAAGAUCAGCUGUGUUGCUAUCUUUUCCAACUUGUCCGAUCCGAUAACAUGGCUAUCCUACAAGAAUCUUUAACGGUCACUGGAACGCUACUCGCAACAUGUCGAGGCGUCCUCAAAUUGCAGCAGGAACUCUUUUUGUCUUAUUUGGUGGCCUGCCUUCACCCGACAAUUCAUAUCCCCCGCGAGACUGGCAUUGACCCAUCGCUGUACUCCGGCAUUCCUGAGACCCCGAAGCUGGUCAAACCGCCGCCGUCACAGUCAAAUAGUGGAAGGUCAACGCCCGUUCCUGUAAAAGACCGACAAAAGCUAGGGUUAGAGGGGGGUGCGCGUAAACCCGAUGCGCGGCAAGCUAUGGUAGAGGCCAUCGGUGUUUUAUCUAGGAUACCUACGUUUGCUACCGAAUUGUUUGUCAAUUACGAUUGCGACGAAGAUAGGUCAGAUCUAUGCGAGGAUGUGAUUGGACUUCUUGCGCGAAACGCCCUGCCAGACUCAGCUACAUGGAGUACUACAAGUGUACCGCCUCUCUGCUUAGACGCACUCUUGCGCUUUGUCCAGUUCAUGGCGGAGAGACUGCAUGAUGACCCUAUCUACGAAAAUCUCCCUGAUCCUGAUAUGCUCAGGGAGAGAAGGCGGAGAAAAAAGACCAUCAUUAUAGGGACGAGCAAGUUUAAUGAGAAGCCAAAGGUGGGGCUGAGCUAUCUUGAGGCAAACAAUAUCAUAACUGAUAUCGGAGAUCCUGUUUCUGUGGCUAAAUUCCUCAAAGGGACGUCACGCAUAUCAAAGGCGGUAUUAGGAGAUUUUCUAUCGAAAAGAGGCAAUGAAGCUAUUUUGGGAGCCUUCUUAGACUUGUUUGAGUUUUCCGGCAAACGGAUUGAUCAAGCUUUGAGGGUGCUACUGGAAGCCUUUCGAUUGCCGGGCGAAGCACCGCUGAUCGCAGCCGUGGUUGAGUCUUUCUCCGAGAAAUACUACGAUUGCAACGCGACGUCGGAGGUGGCGAACAAAGACGCUGUCUUUAUCUUGACAUACGCUAUUAUCCUCUUAAACACCGACCAACAUAAUCCCAAUGUGAAAUCUAUGAAAAGGAUGACAUUGAACGACUUUUCUAGGAAUCUGCGAGGGCAGAACAAUGGGCAAGAUUUCUCACCAGAAUAUCUCAAAGAUAUCUACGAAACCAUUAAAUCAAACGAGAUUAUUCUGCCUGAUGAGCACGACAACCAGCAUGCCUUUGACUAUGCAUGGCGAGAGCUUCUCUUGAAGUCUGAAACAGCGGGCCAUCUAUCCUCCUGCAACACGAACAUAUAUGAUAGCGAUAUGUUUGCCGCUACCUGGAAGCCAGUUGUUUCAGCUCUGUCGUAUGUCUUUAUGUCUGCGACUGAUGAUGCUGUUUUUGCAAGGAUUGUGACUGGGUUUGAUGAAUGUGCUCGCAUUGCAACCAAAUAUGGCAAUGUCGAAGCGCUUGACCAGAUCGUUUACUGCCUCAGCCGUAUUACUACCUUGGCUACUCGCGUGCCCUUCAACACAUCAUUAAACACAGAGGUUCAAGUAGGCGACGGUAGCGUCAUGGUCAGUGAGCUGGCUGUGAAGCUUGGCAGAGAUUUUCGUGCGCAGCUUGCCGUUCUCGUACUAUUUCGAGUUGUUAUCGGCAGCGAAGCUCUCAUUAACCAGGGAUGGAAACAUAUUAUUCAGAUAUGGAUCCAUCUGUUUUUGAAUUCCCUGGCACCACCGCUAUCAUCAACUGACCUCCCAACCUUGCCAAUCCCGGUUAUUCCUCUACAGACUCCCUCACAAGUCAUAGAUAGGGCGGCACGAUCUAGCGAUAUUGGGUUUUUCUCAGCGUUCACCUCAUACAUAUCUAGCUAUGCCGCGGACGAUCCCCCGGAACCUUCAGACGAAGAACUUGAGAGCACGUUAUGUACCGUUGACUGCAUUAAUUCUUGCAACAUCGACAAAGUGCUGAACAAUAUCUCCAAACUACCUACGGAACGCAUUGACAUAUUGAUACAGUCUUUACUCGAGCAGCUGCCGCAGAGCGACCAUUCAGCUGUGAUUGGCGUAAAGCAGGACAAUGUGGCAGUCCCUCCCCCUACUGGACCGGCUCUACCAACACACUUACCCAUAUACGACCCUUCUACGCCCUUUAUUCUCGAACUCUGCACCAUUUUAACUAUCCGUGACGGUGGUUCAACUUCAGACACUGCGAAGCAAGUUUUCGACGCUGUUCAUGGCAUCUUGCGUGAUUACGGACAGUGGCAUGGCAUCACUAUCUCGCGUGCAGCAUUUUAUGGCCUUGCAAUACUAAAAUCGGGUUAUGACCAUGAUUUUGUGAAUGUCCCAAUUUUCUUACAUACAGUGUCCAGCUUACCACAGGACCUCCUUUUAAAGACCGCAGGUGUCAUACUUUCUGGCCUUUCCAUUUGCACGCGUGACCCGGGCCCCUUGAGAAGCGAGAUGAUGACUUCGCCCGAUUUUUGGGCCAUCUUACGGGUAGUGGCAGGAGAUGCCAGUGCCGCUGCUCAGAUAUUCGACAUUCUAGAGAGGAGCACUGCUGGAACCCCACCAGCCAUUAUGGCCGAUAACUAUGAGGCAGCUAUUGCAUUGCUUAAUCAUUUUGCAUCCGCGGCUGACCCUCUCGCUACUCGGGAUUCUAAGGCGCAUGAAUCGACCAAGCGCGAAGCUCAAGUAGUAGCAAGAGGCUGCCAAGCGAUUAAUACCUUGCAUGGGAUGACUUCUCGAAUUCCACAGCUUAUGCAACAGUCUCAUCUAGAAAGUAGUGAGGCCUGGUCAGCCUAUUGGCUCCCUAUUCUUCAGGCAUUGACGACCCAAUGCACUAACUCCUGUCGCGAUGUUCGCCAACUUUCAUUCACCGCGUUGCAGAGAUCCCUCCUCUCGCCUGAUCUGACUUGUAGUGAUCCCAAGGAAUGGACGGCAAUAUUCAGUCAAGUUUUGUUUCCCUUGAUUUUUAGGCUCCUGAAGCCGGAAGUGUUUUCAUCCGAUAGAGAUGGGAUGAGCGAAAUGCGCGUCCAAGUGUCUUCGCUCCUCUGCAAAGUCUUUUUACAGUACAUGGUUCUUUUGUCCGAGUGGGAUGGCAUGUUAGACUUGUGGAUCAAGAUCAUUGAGAUCAUGGAUCGUCUAAUGAACAGCGGACAAGGUGACAGCCUAGUAAGUUUUCGGCGCCAACACAUAAGCUGCAUGUAUGCGGAUGAGACGCUAAUCUCUAUUUCUAGGCCGAAGCGCGGCUAUCUGGUGUCUCCUGAAAAGGAUGCAUCAAGAAAGAAGCUCUGGGACGAGACUUGGGAGAGGGUUGAUCGAUUUUUACCAGACCUGCGGAAUGAUAUUAUCAGCGAGGAGAAUCCUGAGCCCGGGCAAGCUGAGGAUGGCGAAGAAAAAUGA